AUGCGAUUUGUUGACAUUGUCCCAGUUGGAAUUUUGUUUAACUUGUGCUCUCUCAUAGACAAUAACACUGACUGGAUUGGAAACUACACUUACAUUGAAACCAAGUUCUCAGUACGCCAAGUAGAGGAGCCCGAGGAGGACCUGUGCUACCUUGUGCCUGGUGUGAACCGCACUGUCUCCGAGUGUGGAUUUAACACUACAUCACAAACCUUUGCCAUCAUCCAUGGCUGGUCGGUGGCUGGACUCUUUGAGAGCUGGGUCCACAAGCUUGUGUCUGCUCUCUUUGAGAGAGAGCCCAGUGCCAAUGUUCUAGUGGUGGACUGGCUGGACAGGGCCAAUGAACACUACCCCAACUCUGCAGAGAACACCAAGCUGGUGGGCCAAGACGUGGCAAGGCUGAUCAACUGGCUGGAGGUUGAGGUGAAGUAUGACCUAUCAAAGCUUCACAUCCUGGGGUACAGUCUGGGUGCCCAUGUGGCUGGAGUUGCAGGGAACCUCACCAACAACAAAGUCAAUAGAAUAACAGGUCUGGACCCCGCUGGCCCUCGUUUCGAGAAUGCCGACAGCCUCAGUCGCUUGUCCCCCGACGAUGCCACCUUUGUGGAUGUUCUGCACACCAAUAUCAGGGGAAGCCCCGACCUUAGCAUUGGCAUCCAGAGACCUGUGGGUCACGUGGACAUCUACCCCAACGGAGGCACUGAGCAGCCUGGAUGUACCUUCCAGAAUGCCAUGAAGAUGAUCGCCACUUACGGCAUCUACAACGUCGACCAGAUUGUGAAGUGCGCCCACGAGCGCUCCGUGCACCUGUUCAUCGACUCCCUGGUUAACAAGCAGCAGCAGAGCAUGGCCUACCGCUGCAGCUCCAGAGAUGCCUUCAACCAAGGCCUGUGUCUGAGCUGCCGCAAGAACCGCUGCAACAACCUGGGCUACAACGUCAACAAGGUCCGCACGACCCGCAGCGCCAAGAUGUACCUCAAGACCACUGCCAGUAUGCCCUUCAAAGUUUUCCACUACCAGAUAAAGGUCCACUUCUUCAGCCAGCACAACCUGAGUCUCAGCCAGCAGCCUUUGAAAGUGUCCCUGUUCGGAACCCACGGCGAGAAGACAGACAUCAAUCUGAUUAUGCCCAACCUGUUCACCAACUCCACGGUCUCAUUCCUGGUGACCUCUGAUGUCGACAUUGGCGAACUUCUGAUUGUAGAGAUGGAAUGGGAGAGCGAUUCCUACUUCUCCUUCCUCAACAGCAACGAGUUCCUGAUCCGCAAGAUCCGUGUGAAGUCUGGUGAGACACAGGCCAAGGUCAUCUUCAGAGUUAGAGAAGGCGAAUUCGCUCAUCUUGUCCAGGGAGGAGAAUCGGUUUCCUUUGUAAAGUCGAAAGAAGAUCAAAACAGCCGGAAGAUGGAGAGGUUGCACAGGCUCAAGAUGCAUGGAAGCUUUUUCAAACAAGGUAUGAAUGAGGCUGCCGUUGAUAAGACCCCAUCAUCAUCUGAGUCUGUAUCUUCAUCGCACUGAUAAGAUAAGCCUUGACAAUCACACUAUCCCACUUGCUAGAAACAAUUCAAAUAUCUGAGUUCGGUUUCCUCACUGUACUUUGAAAAGCAAACAGCUUGAAUCUACAACCCCACUGGUGACAUCAAUGCAUGUUCUGCAUGAAAGUUUGUUAUGCUGUUGCAAAUAAGAAUUUCAGCAAAAGUCUGGAACAUCUGUAUAGGCAUCUGUUAAAACUGAAAGUGUUUGUUUUGUGGAACUGUAGCUCUGACCACUAGUUCUGUCAAAUAGCUUAGUAUACAACAUUCCAAUCACAUAAUCAAACUCAAUCUAGAAUAUAUUUUUCAUCCAACAAGGUGGAUUGUUAUAGGUAAACUGUGUUCUUGACUUUUUUGCAUAUUGUAUUUAGAGAAGCUUUUUCAUUUGACAAAGAUACAUACUCUUCUGUCAACAUAUACAAUUACAUUACUAUUACAUAUAUUUACACUUAAGAACAUUAGAACAUUUAGAAAUGGGAAAUAAUAUUUUACUGUAUUAUUGACUUUGUGACCCUAAUUGUAGCACUUGUUACUGUAACUGCAUCAAAGGGAUCAUGGUCAAGAAUAUGAAUGCAAUAAUAUGAAUAUUCCCAUGUGUUAUACAAUAUAUACAUGUUUGCAAUUAACAAUUUUGGCACACAACUGUGAAAUCCAAGUCAGACAAUUAUUCCAUGUUAUACUGUAUCACAAAAUAUUUAGCACGGGUCACUUUAUAGGUUGUCAUCAAAAAAGUAAGUUGUGUCAAGGUCCAAUCACUGGCAAACUUGAAAUACAAAUGGCUCUUAAAGGUGUGUGGGUAAAAGGUAGUUGGAAAACAAAAUAUGGACACUGCUGCAACGUUUCACUCUAUAUGAUAGGUUUGACUUGGACAACCAGUUUUGCUGGGAAUGCUUUUUAUUGUAUUUAUUGAUUGUGCUGUAUAUAAUUCCUAAAUUAGACUGUAUAUAAUGUUUGGCUUUCUGUGGUGCUGAACUAUUACAAUAAUAUAUGUACUACCUAUAUAUUUUUUCUGCAAAUAAAAAAUAGGCUUGGA